AGUAACCAAAACCUUCUGGGAGGUAUUUUCUCUGCGCUGUUAAACAUUUAGCUGGUUGAAGAGCGCGUCUCUGUUCCUGUUCCUUAUGACGCAAGCUUUAGCAGUUAUUUUAAGAUAAUUUUUUUGUUGUUUGUUUGUUUGACAAAGUUUUUGAGGAAACAGAAAAUGAAGAACAGACCAACUUUUAGAAGAUAGCUUAUUACAGUCUGCGCCGUGAUAGCAGAUCUUCCAAAUUCAUGUUUUGGUAUUGUUGAGGGGGCGUUCUGUCAUCGUUACAUUUGGUGACUCUUCUACUAAAAAGCUCUUAGCUUUGGAAGCACUUCGGAUCCUGAAGCCUGUUCUUUUAUAAAGCUUGAAGGGAACCCGACCCGACUACUUUAUAUAAACACAAAACGGAACACGUACAAUAAGAGGAAAAACAGAGAGAAGGCUGCCGCUGUAACCAGUGUAGUGUAAUUUCUGAAUUGAAGAACCGAAGCUGUGUUCCCUGCCCCCUGACUAUGGAAACAGAGGCUACAGAUGGCUAUCUUGCUAGUAACGGUGACCACUCUCCCAGAAGAGAACACUCCAGCAUGGUGGUGGACCUGUCCUCAAACACUCCCAAUGGGCAGUACUCCCCAAGCACAAAACUAAUCAAGCUAGAAGCUCAGAGUGAUGAGGAGUCGGAGCACAGGGCCCUGGCUCAGGAGGAGGGGGUCCCGAGUGUGGAGGAGGCAGGCAGGAUGGAGGAGCCCCUGAUGGGGAGCCACAAUGGGCUUCACGACCACAGCCAGGGAGCGGAGGGGCCCGGUGACGGAGGAAUCCGACUGCCCAACGGUAAACUGAAGUGUGACAUCUGUGGGAUUGUAUGCAUUGGGCCCAAUGUGCUAAAUGUUCAUAAGAGGAGCCAUACUGGCGAGCGUCCGUUCCAGUGUAACCAGUGUGGAGCCUCGUUCACUCAGAAGGGAAACCUGCUCCGACACAUCAAACUGCACUCGGGAGAGAAGCCCUUCAAGUGCCCUUUCUGCAGCUAUGCCUGCCGCCGCCGCGAUGCCCUCGCCGGACACCUCCGGACCCACUCUGUGGGCAAGCCACACAAGUGCAACUGCUGUGGGCGGAGCUACAAGCAGCGUGCGUCCUUGGAGGAGCACAAGGAGCGCUGUCACAGCUACCUGCAGAGCGGCCGCCUGGACCCUGCCACACACGCUGGGGCACUGCAAGUGCCUACCGUUGAAGAGGGGAAGGAACAGGAGCCCAUGAUGGAAGGGAUAUCGCUCGUGCCUUUUGAAAGACCGCCUGUGAUCGAGAGGCUGCACAGCAAUGUAGGGAAACGGAAAAGCACCACGCCUCAGAAAUUCGUGGGUGAGAAACUGAUCCGGUACAGCUACCCAGAUAUGCAAUAUGACAUGGGCCUCAAGGACGCAGAACUGGUGCAUGCCCACAUGAUGGACCAAGCCAUCAACAAUGCCAUCUCCUACCUGGGGGCUGACUCCCUGCGUCCCCUGCUCCAUCACCAGCCUGUGUCCAUGGCGGACGUGGUGCCCAUGAUGAACCCGCUGUACUCUCAGGUUUACCACCCGGGCAGCAGAGAGACUCCACCUGUGAACCUAGACUUCCCAGCAGACAGACCCCUCUCCCUCAUCAGACCAAAGAACCCGCCCGCCGAGCGCGAGGCCUCGCCCAGCAACAGCUGCCUGGAGUCCAUUGACUCGGAGAGCAGCAGCCAUGAGGAGCGCCCGGGCCAUCCCAGCAACCCAGCCUUCAACCCCAAGAGCAGACGGAGCAGCCCAGCCUGCACCAGGCAGGAGCAGAGAGCCCUGGAUGCGAGCAAGGCUGCCGCCGCAGAGGCAGCAACAGCAGGAGUGGCUGCUCCCUCCCUGAGCCCUUCCAGAAACCAGUACAAGGUUUACAGCGGGGAUGGGGAGCAGGUCAAGGCCUUCAAGUGCAAGCACUGUCGGGUCCUGUUUCUGGACCACGUCAUGUACACCAUUCACAUGGGCUGCCAUGGUUACAGAGACCCUCUGGAGUGCAACAUCUGUGGGUACCGGAGCCAGGACCGCUACGAAUUCUCAUCUCAUAUCGUUCGAGGAGAGCACACAUUCCGCUAGGCACUGAGCCGAAGGACACAAAUGAAGUACAAAAAAAUACAUGUAUACAUAUGUAUAUGUGUGUGUGUGUGUGUGUGUACAUAUGUCUAUGUACAUACAAUAUAUAGGUAUGUAUAAAACAGUCUAGGAAGGUCUGCGCAUAGAAAUCUGAAUUAUUUUACUUUUGUAAUUUCAACUUCCAACAAUCUAAAGGAAGAUGUUAGGAGUGGGAGAGAGGGCUUCUUAACUGUUGCUUUGGAUUACAUAACACCCUGUUUUUUGGGUUUUUUUUUUUUUUAAUAUGUGUACAUUUUUUAGUUCUGAGCUUCCUCUAAGUUUUCAUACAGUAUGAAUUCCUCACCAGAGCAGCUAUAGACAGAUUUUAUUCUGUUGCAUUAAUUUAUACCCUCUUAAUUCUUUCUGUCAUUUGCCUCAAGACAAAAUGCCUUUCCUUUAAGUAAAUGUGGUUUUUAGUUGCAAACAGGAGAGAUCUGUCAGUACUUAUCGGACACAAAUUAAUCAAGUGAGUGCAUUUUCUUUUUUUUGAAUCAGAAAAGCUCACUUAGUAGGUUUUUGCAUGAAGGGAUUUUUUUUAGGUCUCCUGGUAUUAGUUUUAGUUGAGUUUAGUCAGCCACCCUUGAGAGUGAAGUGAUUAUUAAUUCAAACCUAAGCUUUGAUGCCACUGUUUGCGCUUGUUUGCAGCAGCAAAAGAAGAAUGGAGAAAUUAUGUAAUCUCUAGACAUGUGUACCUAUUUAUACUUUGUGCUGCAGCUGUAUGUUUGUAUCAUUAUUAUUUAUAAGCAUUACUGUAAGCAAGUGAUGGUGCACUUUGCUUGUGGUACUUUCUGUUUUACUCAAGAAGAGGGAAUAUGAGGCAGUUUGAUGUUACACUGGGAGCCAACAGUCAUUUCACAAUGUGGGCAUAUCACUCAACUCUGCCACUGGGUAGACAUAGCUCUGAGCAGUUUGAAAGCACAUCUUAUAAAAGAUGGGUGAGAUUUCCAGAUCUUACUGUAAGGCAGCUUACAGUAACCUCCUUGCAUACUUCUUAUCAGGCAGUUGAGCUCAGAUACAAGCUGGCAGUUUCAAUCCCUAGAGUCUCUGGUGACAAGGCAUUGGUGACGGAAUUAAUUUGAUCUCUUUUACUACACAAUGCCUAGGUAUCCUCUCAUGGCUCCCAUGGAUUGUAAAGCAUAGAAUUUAAAGAACAAGCGAAAAAGACAUGUCCCACUGGGUUUGUUUACUGAACACAGUCCUGUAAGCACUCUUAAACAGCAAAAUCCUCCUACAUUUCUAACAAUAUCAUUUGUUAUUUUAUAAAAUAAUUAGCUGUUUUAUUUUUAUAUGCUGUCAUAUAUACAGUAUUUAUCAGCUGAGGUUUUUAUGAUGCACACCAGCUAGAGUAUCUGACAUUGGUUCAUUUCAAAUUCAAAUCUAUCCUAGAAAAAACUCCCUUUCGACACAUACUGUACACAUGCAAUGUGGUGUACGAACCUCAAUGCUAAAACUACUUCUAUAUGCAGGCUGUCGUUAUAGACAGGUUCGAUGGCACUUCACAGGUUGUUUGCAGGUGCUCUUUCGGGUAUUCAAGAGUUGAGUGUUAUGUUUGCAUGUUUCUCGUGCAAAAAUGACUGGCAUUGAGAUUCUGGCACUUGAAGGCUUUUAAUUACCUCACUGGCAUCAAAUUUAGAAAACUUUCAGAUAAGGGAACAUGGCUUUACUGUAAAAUCUCAUUACAGUAACCCAUUCAGGUCUUCACUCUCCAUAUGAAGUGGCUGUAUUCUACUUGUAGGGUUUUAUUGAAGGCAAUCAUUAACGUGUUCUGUUUGGAAGCACUGAGCUAUUGGCUAAACUCAUUAGACACAAGACUUUUCCAAGAACUUUUCCAAAAUAAUAAUGCAAAUCCAUGCAGGACCUAAGAUAGGUCAAGGUACUGGCUGGCCAACCAGGUGUAAACCAGCCUUUCCUUCCUGGUUGGGACUCAACAGGUUGUGGGUUAUCUGAUGGCAAGUUUAGCAGAACCAAUUGAUUAUGAAUGGAUUGCAUUCAGUUUUCCCUUACUAUGCACUUGCCAAAAACAAUCAUUAAUGUAACUAGGAUACAUACAGAUUUUGUAUUUAAUAAAAUGUUUUUGUUUUAAUUUUACAUUGGGAGUGAAUUACCAGCCCAGUGUUAUGCUGCUGCCUAAUAAUAUUGUAUAACAACCUUUGCAAGGAAUAGAAAUAAGUCUCCUGUUGCACAGCACUUUGAUCCAUUCCAGUUUAAUAAGACACACCUGAGCUUGUUACAUAUACACUGUGGUUAAUCAAGCUUAUUGUAAAAGCUGGAAUGGGUGAAACUGCUGUGCAAUCAGAGUCUUAUUCCAUCCCUACUUUGUUGGACUGUUCUUAAGGUCCCUGCAGAUCUGCACUGGUUAGUGACAAAAGGACCGUCAUGCAGCACUGUGUUUAUUUCACCUUGAGGAUGAACAGUUAUGUAAUUACAACCUCAAGACUGGAGAAAGCAUGGUGCAAGAAAUGAAAAUAUAUAUGUCAGGGAUUGGAACAGUCAUGUAGCCAGUUGUGUGUCAUGUAGCCAAAACUGUAACAAGGGGAAGGAUUUGUUUGUAUGUUUUUUUUGUGUUUUUUUUUUUGUUACAAAAUUCUUAAACUGUGAUAAUUUUGACUGAUUUAUUUUUAUUCAUGAAACACUGUCAUUUCUGAAAUUGGAGUCACAUCAUGUAGCUGAGAUACGUAAUACAUGCAUGUGCACACACGCACAAGCACACACACACACACACACACACGCACAAGCACACACGCACACAGACACACACACAGAACUAUUGAUGGCACUAGAAGUGCUCAUUUGUGUUGAUUAGCGUUUGGAUUAAGAAAGGAAGUCUUACACUCAUAAGGUGCAGCAAGCACUACAGCUGCAUGUGUAGGUCUUGCUAACUCCCACAGUUACUGAACAGCACCAAGAGGUCUUGUCAAUUGUUGACAAAAUGUGCAAAUUUCUAUUUGAAACCUCUUGUUACUCUUGUCAGUCUAGAACAGUUUCAUUUACUUUAGUCUUGUUUUAAUUAGUCUUUUAGUUUAUGGGGAGUUGUUUUUUCUUGUUGAUAAUGCAUUAGAUUUAUAAGCUGUUUACAUAUUUUUGUACAAAAAAUAUAUUUUUAUAUAUUGGACAUAAAUACAUAUAAACCCUUGAAAAAAAGAUCAAAUGGUGCCGUCGUGUAUCUCACUCAAGUUUGGACCAGGGUACCUGCCUGUUUCCUUUACUUAUUUAAUGAUGCAAUUGUAGAUAUGCUUUUUAUUGUUUUCAGUUUUUGGUUUGGUUGUAAAUGUUCUUAAAAAUAAUAUAGUCUAUUAUACAUGUCUUUUUUUCAUGAUAGACUGCAAGCUUUGGAUAGGUAUAUAGUGAGUUGUAAAAUAUGGAUAUAUAUAUAUAUAUUUUUUAAAUGCUUUUAAAAGACUUCUUGCAGGGUUAUUUUAAAAAUGUAGCUUUCUUUCUAAAAAAUUGUCGUGAUCAGGGGGGAGAGUGAGAGAGGUUUGAAAACGAUAGCAUGCUGUAUUGCAGUUCAACAUGUUUGACGGGUUAUUCGGGAUGCUUAUGUUUGAAAGUUUCUUCUGUAUGUCAGAUUUGUGGGUUAGAAAUAAGAAAUCAAACUCAUUGCAUUGCCAUUUGAGAUACUUCAGAUUUCACAAUGAGCCUGUUGUUAAUCACGCCUGAGCUAGAAUAAACCAACCACAGAGGCAUUGCCAGGCUCAACCAUAAUUCAUAAAGCUCACAAUAAAGUCUGGAAUGGCUUGAGUCUUGUUUUCAUCCCUGGCUGGUGAGCACCAUUUCGUAGCCUGCCAUGCUGUCUCCUAAAUGCUUUUCACAGGUCAUGUCAAAAUGUCCAAAAACACUGAUGCCAAAAGAGGUGAACUGUAUCUUCCACAGACUGGUCCCUGUCUAAACCCUUUGAAUCCCAGCUGAGAAUGGGCUCUGUGGGCAUUGUAGAGCAGCAGAGUAAGGAGGCAUUUUUGACGUUUGGGUUUGUGAUGUUUACAGAGCAGAUGGGUUCUUGGUUGUGCACAAGGCAGAGCGGUAGCACUGUGCUCACAUGUUGCUUUACAGGCAUGCAUGUUAUCACAAAGGGAUCUUGUAUUAUCUUUUAGUUUUUUUUCUAUUUUUAUAUAUAUAUAUAUAUAUAUAUAUAUAUAUAUAUAUAUAUAUAUAUA